GCAGCUCAGCGGGGACGAGCUGCUCUCGGUGGGCGGAGUUGGUCAUGCGGAGGGCUGAGCCCAGUCGGUCUAUAAUACAGAGCUACUGAGGCGACACUUUCUAAGUGGAAGUGACGCUGGUAGUCCAGAGAAAACAUCCGUAGUUGGAGUAUUUUCUUCCCAAAUCUUUAACGCUCGUUUACAGUUAGACAUGGCUGCUCAGUGUGUAACCAAGGUGGAGCUGACCGUGUCUUGUCAGAACCUCCUGGACAAAGACAUCGGUUCCAAGUCGGACCCUCUGUGCGUCCUGUUAAUGAACAGCUCUAAUAACCAGUGGUAUGAGGUGGAACGUACAGAGAAAGUCCAGAAUUGCCUCAACCCAAAGUUUGCCAAAAAGUUUGUCAUUGACUACUACUUUGAAAUGGUGCAGAAGCUGAAGUUUGGGAUUUAUGACAUCGACAACAAGACUAUUGACCUGAGUGAUGAUGACUUCCUGGGGGAACUUGAGUGCACCCUGGGCCAGGUUGUAUCCAGUAAGAAACUGACCAGACCGCUUGUCUUGAAGAACAAGUCGCCUGCAGGAAAAGGCACCAUCACAAUCAGUGCAGAGGAAAUAAAAGACAACAGGGUGGCAAAUUUCGAGGUGGAAGCACGGAAACUAGAUAACAAGGAUUUCUUUGGGAAGUCCGACCCCUACCUGGAGUUCUACAAGCAGACAGGAACUGGAUGGCAGCUUGCUCACAGGACAGAGGUGGUGAAGAACAACUUGAAUCCAACAUGGAGGCCUUUCCGAAUCCCCGUGCAGUCCCUCUGUGGAGGAGACAUGGACAAACCAAUAAAAGUUGAGUGCUAUGAUUAUGACAGCGACGGCUCACAUGAUCUUAUUGGAAUCUUUGAGACCACACUGACACGCCUCCAACAAGCGUCGCGUACUUCUCCGGCCGAGUUUGAAUGCAUCAACAGUAAAAAGAAACAGAAGAAGAAGGGCUACAAGAACUCUGGCGUUGUGAGUGUAAAGCUGUGCCAGGUGGUAAAAGAGUAUACAUUCCUGGAUUAUAUUAUGGGAGGCUGUCAGAUCAACUUCACUGUGGCUGUUGACUUCACAGGCUCCAACGGGGAUCCCAGGUCUCCCCAGUCACUACAUUACAUUAGCCCUCAGGGUGUUAAUGAAUACCUCUCAGCUAUCUGGUCUGUGGGCAACGUCAUCCAGGAUUAUGACAGUGACAAGAUGUUUCCUGCGUUUGGCUUUGGAGCCCAGAUUCCACCCACAUGGCAGGUUUCCCAUGAGUUUCCUCUCAAUUUCAACCCGUCAAGCCCAUUCUGUGCAGGCAUUGAGGGUGUGGUGGAGGCCUACAGGGUUUGUCUGCCGCAGGUCAAACUCUAUGGUCCAACCAACUUCUCUCCUAUCAUUAACCAUGUGGCCUGCUUUGCUAAGCAAGCCCUCCAGCAGACCACUGCAUCGCAAUACUUUGUUCUGCUGAUCAUCACUGAUGGAGUCAUCACAGACAUGGAUGAGACGCGCAACUCCAUCGUCAACGCCUCUCGUCUGCCCAUGUCUAUCAUCAUCGUCGGGGUAGGAGGGGCGGACUUCAGCGCCAUGGAGUUCCUGGACGGAGACGACGGCCGUCUGCGCUCCCUGAGUGGCGAGCCGGCCAUGAGAGACAUCGUGCAGUUUGUUCCAUUCAGGCAGUUCAAAAAUGCGCCCAGCCAGGCUCUUGCCCAAAGCGUUUUGGCCGAGUUACCUCAGCAAGUGGCCUCCUUCUUCAGUUUAUUCAAACUGAAGCCUCCACAUGAUCCCAAUCCUUCUUAGGGCUCCUCGAGAAGCGCUGGCAAAGAGUGUGUUGGCUGAAGUACCAGGUCAAGUGGUGGACUUUUGCAAUACCAUGAAGCUGAGUCCACCCAACUCCACUCCUGCACCAAACCCUGCAGGAACCAUGUGAUGCCACAAAGAAGAAACCAGAAAUGGACCACUUUCAUCUGUAGCAGACAUAAACCACACACCAGCUUUAUCUCAUCAUGCAGUCAGACAAACCUCUCCCUGCUCUGUCUUCAGUCAGCCCUUCUGUUUCACCACAUUAACGACAUAAAAACAUGCAGUCAAAGACAACCACUCCACUACAUUGACCAGUCUGUUGUUUUUAAGUGUAAAAAUAGGUCCAGCUGCUGUUGCUGUUAGAUGGUAGCGUACAUGUUUUAUUUUGGCUGUUAUUUUGUGCUUUAAAAAGAACAAUCAUUCCGUUAUUUUGAAAGAAUAGGUUGAUUUGUAGGGAAUUGCACUUUUAUAAAAAAUAGUUGGAAUUAACAUUUGCUGAAACAGGAAACCUUCAAAAAUAAUCCUCAUCACAGAAACACUGCACUGGAUUGUAAACAGUUGUUCAAAAUGCAUCAUUGGAGCACGCAAAUUAUUGUUAUGCAUGUUUGAUUGCUCCAGAAUCAAAUCACAACAGUUAUAUAAACGGCUUUUGCUCACUAAGAUGACAAAGAUUAUCUUUUAAUAUCAAUAAAUGCAGUGUAACCUGGUGUGACCGAGUGAUACAUAUAGCUUUGUGAUGCUUACAUCCUGAAAAAUGCCAUACUUUGGUACAUAUACCGCAUAGCUUUCUGUUUUGGGCACAUGGAGUAUAUAUUUCCUAAAAUGUUGUAUUGUUGCACACGCUCCUCUCUGCAUUCCCAUAUUAUACCGUAAUGUACUGCAAGGUUCUCGUUGUUUUACUCGAUGCAAUGCCAAACUCAUGGUAUGAAUCUGAAAUAUUGCGAUAACUGGAAGGUCUCAUUAUAAAUUUGGCUGUAUUAUGCCAGUCUCAUUGUGUUUGUUCGUUGUGCCAGUCACUUUUUGAUACUUUGCUUUCUACAUAUGAUGUAUCCAAAACACGAGGACCAACAGUUGCACAAAAGUUCAGUAUUAAACAUGGUAGCACUGUAGAAACUGCAUAUACAGUACCGAUCAUUGAAAUCUAUGCAUAUUUGAUGCAAGUGUGUCUAUUUCUGUUGUGUAUUGUUUAUUUUUUUUAAUAUGAUAAACAUAAAAAUGUAUCAUGUCUUGUUGCUGCUUUGUGCUCUACACAGAAUUGGGUCAUGUGCCUUACUUAGUGUUAAAACGAAAGUGCAUUGAGCUUACAAAUAAAAUGCCUCUGACUCAA